UACAUACCUUUUCAGCUGUGCUACGUUUUCAUUGCUUUCCUUAAAAUAUCUGCAAAGUCGUCACCUUUUUCCUCCAAAGAUUCUUCCCUAUUCCAUAACAAAAAAAGAUUAUCAAUUCCUACGACAACGCUCCAAGAAUUUGCUCCUUUCUGUCUUCCACACACUUAAUCCUUACUGCGAAAUUCGUCGGAUUCACGGUUUUCCAAUCAAAAUUCAAGCCUUUUCUUUCCGUUUCUGUUGGAUUCUUCCCUUUUGUAAGAUUGGAAUUUGGUAUUGAAAAGCAUUUAAUUAAUGCCGUUUGUAAUUGAGGUUGGAGGUAUGAAUUAAAGCUUAAUUGUGUAGGAUUUGAAGUAUAAUAGUAUUGGGAGUUUUUGUAUUGAGAAGGGAAGAAAUGGAACAGUACGAGCUUGUGAAGGAUAUAGGAUCUGGAAAUUUCGGGGUUGCGAGGCUUAUGAGGCACAAGGAAACCAAAGAGCUCGUCGCCAUGAAGUACAUAGACAGAGGAUACAGGGUGGGUUCGUAAAAAUUAUAUAUUUCUUCUCAAUGAAAUGUGUAUGAACAUUAUGUAUAGUUAUGCGUGUCUGUUUGUAUAUAUUCAUGAAAAUCUUUCAUUUGAACAAGUCUCUCUCUCCCUCUGUUUGAGUAAUUGAACAGAUUCGAUUGGAUUUCACAUAUUUGUCUGGAGUUAUUUUUGUCACAGAUCGAUGAGAAUGUGGCGCGGGAAAUCAUAAAUCAUAGAUCUCUUCGACAUCCAAACAUUAUUCGAUUCAAGGAGGUGUUGGUGACUCCUACCCAUCUAGCUAUUGUCAUGGAGUAUGCAGCGGGGGGUGAGCUCUUUGAACGAAUUUGCACUGCUGGAAGAUUCAGUGAGGAUGAGGCUAGAUACUUCUUCCAGCAGCUUAUCUCUGGAGUCCACUACUGUCAUCAUAUGCAAAUAUGCCAUAGAGAUUUGAAACUGGAGAAUACCCUUUUGGAUGGAAGUCCUGCUCCAAGGCUGAAAAUCUGCGAUUUUGGUUAUUCCAAGUCAUCUCUUCUGCACUCAAGACCCAAAUCAACAGUCGGCACGCCAGCGUAUAUUGCUCCAGAGGUUCUUUCUCGAAGGGAGUAUGAUGGCAAGCUGGCCGAUGUAUGGUCAUGCGGAGUGACACUUUAUGUUAUGCUGGUGGGAGCAUACCCUUUCGAGGACCAGGAAGAUCCAAAGAAUUUCAGGAAGACAAUUCAACGAAUAGUUGCUGUACAAUACAAGAUCCCUGACUAUGUUCACAUAUCUCAAGAUUGUAGACACCUCCUUUCUCGCAUAUUUGUCGCCAAUGCAGCCAGGAGGAUAACACUUAAAGAAAUCAAGGACCACCCAUGGUUUCUGAAGAACUUGCCAAGAGAAUUAACAGAAGCAGCUCAAACCAUCUACUACAGGAAAGAAAACCCGACGUUUUCCCUUCAGAGUGUAGAGGAGAUCAUGAAAAUCGUGGAAGAGGCCAGGACACCUCCCCCUGCUUCCCGUUCAAUUGGAGGCUUUGGCUGGGGAGGAGAACAAGACGAGGGAAAGGAAGACGAUAUUGAGGGUGAGGAGGAGGAGGAGGAGGAAGAAGAAGAAGAAGAAGACAAGUACGAUAAGAGAGUGAAGGAGGCACAUGAAAGUGGAGAAGUUCAUCUCACUUGAGGUCUAAUUUUAUCUCUUUACACUGGUACUCAUUUAGGAUUUAUUUAUUGGAAUCCACCAACUUCAGGAUGGCUGGGUAGAAAUCAGUCAACACUGCUCAAGACCUUGGGCUUAAUAAAGUCUGUAGUUUUAUAAGAUUAUGAGUCAAGAGUUUUGAUAAUUGCUGUUGUGUGUGGUAGGUGCUGUUGUGGACUAGAAAGCAAAUUGUACUCAGGUACAGGUUUGAGCUCAAGUUGAGAAUUAAUUAUUUUGGGUAGGUAAGUUGAUAAUUUUUUUUUUAUUAUACUCUUGAGGAUUAUAAAGUAUUGCAGAUAUCAUGCAGGUGGUCACAUUCAU